AUGUCGAGCACAAGCACCAAGAUUGGCCACGGCCUGGCUAAGGUCUUGGGUAUCAAGCUCGAGAAGCCCGAGAACGAGGAGAUGCUUCGCGGCGAAUCCGUCUUUUCAGUUCAAUCAUCCGACACAUUCGUCGAAGAGGAGCCUACAACCGCCGAGUGGUUUCUUGAGCUCCUGCCCGACGGCCAGCAAAUUCUCGACUACAUUCGAUCUUUGUUUCCCUUCCUUAACUGGAUUGGACACUACAACAUGCAAUGGUUCCUUGGCGAUCUGGUUGCUGGUGUCACUGUUGGCGCGGUAGUCGUGCCCCAAGGUAUGGCCUAUGCUUUGCUCGCAAAGCUUGAGCCUCAGUUCGGUCUCUACUCGUCCUUCAUGGGCGUAAUCAUUUAUUGGUUCUUCGCUACCUCCAAGGACAUCACCAUCGGCCCCGUAGCCGUCAUGUCAACUGUCGUCGGCAACUUGAUCACAGAUGUCCGAGAAGAAUUCCCGCAGUAUCAAGGCCACCAGAUUGCAUCGGCUUUGGCUAUCAUUGCCGGUGCCAUCAUCCUCUUCAUUGGUCUGAUCCGCAUGGGAUGGGUUGUCAACCUGAUUUCUUUGACAUCGUUGUCGGCUUUCAUGACUGGCUCCGCCAUCAGCAUUGCUGUCGGCCAACUAGUCACGUUGUUAGGCAUCAAAGGUGUCAACACCAGAGAGGCUACCUAUCUUGUGUUCAUCAACACCCUCAAGAACUUACCCAAGACGAAGAUGGAUGCCGCUAUGGGCUUGACCGCCCUCGCUAUGCUUUACCUCCUUCGAUUCAUCUUUACCACGCUGGCAAAGCGAUACCCCCAAAAGUCGAAGCUCUUCUUCUUCCUUUCGACUCUACGAACGGUUUUCGUCAUUCUCCUCUACACCAUGAUCAGUUGGUUAGUGAACAUGAACAGACGGUCAAACCCGAUGUUCAAGAUUUUGGGAGAUAUUCCCAGAGGUUUCCAGGAUGUCGGCACUCCCAAGAUCGACACCGGCCUAAUCAGUGCCUUCCUUCCGUUCUUGCCGGCCAGCGUUAUCGUGUUGGUCAUCGAACAUGUCGCCAUCUCGAAGUCUUUCGGUCGUGUAAACAACUACACCAUCAACCCUUCGCAGGAGUUUGUGGCCAUUGGCGUGACGAAUGUCCUCGCUCCCUUCCUUGGCGGUUACCCAUCCACGGGCUCAUUCAGCCGUACCGCCAUCAAGUCCAAGGCCGGUGUCAGGACUCCUUUCGCCGGUGUCAUCACCGGCCUCGUCGUUCUACUCGCCAUUUAUGCCUUGACGGCUGUCUUUUUCUACAUCUCUAGUGCUUCCCUUGCCGCAGUUAUCAUCCACGCCGUCGGCGACCUGAUCACCCCGCCCAACACUGUCUACCAGUUCUGGCGUGUGUCACCUCUCGAAGUUGUCAUCUUCUUCAUCGGUGUUUUCGUCACGAUAUUCUCAUCCAUCGAAAAUGGCAUUUACGCUACAGUCUGCAUCUCCGCUGUGCUUCUUCUCUGGCGCAUUCUGAGAGGACAGGGCCGCUUUCUCGGCAAGGUCAAGAUCCACUCUGUCGUGGGCGAUCACGUUAUUGGCGAAGACCACAGACAAGUCAUUGGCGAAUAUGGUACCUUCAACGCCAGCGACAAUGCGGCGCGUAACGUGUUCCUGCCUAUUGAUCAUGGCGAUGGUUCCAAUCCCGAGGUCACUCUCGACAGCCCUUACCCCGGUAUUUUUAUCUACCGCUUUUCCGAGGGCUUCAACUACCCCAACGCCAGUCACUCUCUCGAAUAUCUUACUGAAUACAUCUUCAAACGGACUCGCCGGACGAAUAUGGAGGCUUACGGGCGUCUUGGUGACCGCCCUUGGAACGACCCCGGCCCAUCGCGCAAGGCCAAGAAGGCGCAGGCCCAGAUGCAUGAGCAGGAAAAUAGGCCUACGCUUAAGGCCAUCAUACUCGAUUUCAGCUCCGUCAACAACGUCGACUUGACCUCGAUUCAACAACUUAUCGAUGUCCGCAACCAGCUCGACCGAUACGCCACCCCGGACAAAGUAAACUGGCACAUUGCCUGCAUCAACAACCGAUGGACCAAGAGGGCGCUUGUCGCCGCCGGUUUCGGCUACCCCGUCGACCGCAGCGACGGUCUGCAACAUCAGUGGAAGUCCAUCUUUAGCGUCGCCGAGAUUGGUGGUUCAGAGUCUGCCGCGGCGGUGGCAGAGAAGGAGGCGAACGAGAAAGAGAUUUCGUCGCAUGGCAAGUCAUCAAGGGCAGCGGAUGAAGAGGCGGGCAAGGAUGGUGGCGCAUACGACCAGAUCGACCCCAUCUCCUCGGGUUCCAGGAAAAACACCAGCCCGAAGCGCAAGGGAGUCGUCGUCCACGGUCUCAACAGGCCGUUUUUCCACGUCGACCUGACGAGCGCAUUACAGAGUGCCAUCGCGAACAGCGAGGGCAGGGGCCAUCUCGAGGACGAGGGCGAGGGCGGCGCCAAGAGCCCGAGUAGCUCGAGUGACUGA